CGUUUGACUAAUUCUUCUUUGUCAAAAGAAAAAAGUUUGAAUUUACACCCAUGUUUUUUUUUUUGUAAUUUUUCUUUGGCGGGAUUACUAAGCGAUACUCCCAUCCCAUUUGAUUGGCAAUGGUAGAUAUGCAAUUAAAAAAAAUUCGAGAUAAAUAUUUAAAAAAUUGGACCCAAUUGGCGGUACGGUAAUAAAACAAAAUCUGAUUUGGAAAUCUUUGACCUGUCGCCUAUUUAUCUAAAGGAGCUUCACUUGACUCUUGUUCUAAGUUUAACCCAUUUACCUUCCCAACUUGGGAUGCUCUCUUUCAUUCCGACACAUUUUCCAUGACCUGUGGUAAACUUUGACCUCUCCCAUCCGCCAGAGUUGAUAUUUUCAAACACAGAUUUCAUUGACCUUUCUUUCAAAAUUGCCGGAAGAAGUCGACCUUGUUUAAGUUAGGAGUCAGUUUUGCUUGAACCGUCCACCUGUUUGCACAAAAAAACGGGGCUGUUGGUUAACAUUAUCCAAAAAUGAUUCGAACCAAAAUGAAGUUCUUUAUCUUGGCUGUCUGCAUGUCGUGCUCUAUGGCAAUGCCAAAACGCCUGGCGUUGCAAAGGCCCAUUUCAUUUGCGCACAACUGGAACUCUCAACGGAUACCACAAGAAAAAAUCGUCGGAGGUUACAUCGUGGCGCCCAAUUCGCUUCCGUUCCAGGUGUCCAUUCAACGCCGUCCCAGCCCUGGAGCCGACUGGAUGCAUUAUUGCGGUGGCUCUAUCCUCGAUUCGAAAUUCGUCCUCACCGCAGCCCAUUGCGUCUCCGGGAUUGAUGCAAACAAUUUGCGUGUGGUGGCCGGAGAGCACAGCCUAUCGAUUGAGAGCGGCCUCGAACAAAAAUCCAUGCCGGUGUCGGUCAUCGUACACGAAAAAUUCAAUCCCGAUACAUUCCAGGAUGACAUCGCUCUCGUCUUUAUGAAAAAGAAUCCUUUGAAUUUGAGCGUUCCCUCCGCCAAACCGAUUAAGCUGCCGCCUCAUGUAUCCCAAUACGAUCCAUUGCCUGGAACGCGUCUCAACGUUUCCGGUUGGGGAUUCACAGAACCAUCGCCUGGCUCCAGUGAAAGGCUUUCCGACGUCCUGCGCACUGUAAACAUCGGCGUCAUUUCAGAUGGAAUUUGCGACAAGACAUAUGGCGGAUCUCCCUAUCGCCCUAUCGUGCUCCCUUCCAUGCUGUGCGCUGGUGACAUGACUAAAGGUGGGAUAGAUUCUUGCCAAGGUGAUUCUGGUGGCCCACUGUUCACAAGUGAUGGCGAUUCAGCUGUUCUUCACGGCAUCGUCUCCUGGGGCGAAGGAUGCGCCCUUGCAUCGUUUCCGGGUAUUUACACUCAGGUGUCUUAUUACCUGGACUGGAUGGCUGCCCAACGAGCCCAUUUCAACUCUUUGCCACGUCCACUGACUUACCAAUGUCAACACCCGAUUACGCACAUGUUUGGCCUUUGUCAUCGCGUGACGAACGAUACUGCCAAAGAGAAAUAAAAAAAAAAAGAAUCUAUAAUAUAAAAA